AUGGCGGGUGGCUAUCUGAAUCAGCUAUGGGAAGACUCAGAGCCUUCACCAGACAGGCCGCGAUACCUACCGUUAUCAGGUACCUUCUCAGAUGCAGAGUCGGGCUCAUCAAGACCACAGUCGCAGCAGCAUAGACAACAAUAUCCUGUGCAGCUGCCUCAUUCCGAACAAUAUUCAUAUCCGGAACAGCUUUUUCAACAACCAGCCCCACUUAUUCCGCUCAGCACUGUAGAGGACUUGCAUCUACAUGAGCCAUACACCAGCUCAACAUUUCAAGAUCCUUUCAACAGGGCGUUCAUCAGUAACCAGCCCGUUGUUCACGAAGGCUACAUCCCGGCACCCGGCACACGAGAAGAAGAUUUGUACCCGAACCUACCAGACGGGUACCGCGAUUCGCUGUUUCAGGACUAUGAUGACAGCUCUGAUGAAAGCGACUUUGAGCGCAGGCUAGCUGAGGCCGAGGAGCUGCGCGAGAUAGAAGAGAGGGACGACUCGGAAGCCGAUGCGAACUACUCCGAAGAAGAUGCUGACCAGGAUGAGGGCGACCCCAACGAGAUGGAGAUUGACGAGAGCUAUGUUGAAGAGCGAGCCAAGCCCAAGGCCAAACGAGGGAAACCGAGCGCUCGAGGUACUCGUGGAGGGCGGCGGGGCAGGCCCCCAGGGAGAGGGAAAGGUGGAUUCCAUGGACAUACUCGAAAGCAAUUGCGCGAGAAGAAGAACCCAGGACGUCCGAGCGGGAAGAGAGGACCUCGCCAAAUUGCCGAUCCGGGACCAGAAUUCAGAAAUCUGCAGCGGGCUGCUAACGAAAGGUUCAUUGCCCAGGACUACCCCAGAGCUCUCGAGUAUGGACAGAAGGCUGUUCAGCUGAACCCUGAGAUCUUCGAUGCUCACAAUAUUGUCGCAGAGAGCUACGCUGCGAUGGGCGAGGAGCUAAAGGCCAUUGAGUCUUUGAUUAUUGGCGCACCUACAAAACGUGAUCCCGAGCUGUGGCAUCUCAUCAUCGAGCGCAUCAAGAAGCUGGACACGACAGACCACCCAACCUACACCGAAGAAGUCAAGACGGCGGUCGUUCUGCAGUGUCUCAAGUCCAUCAUUUCUCUCGAUGUGACCAACUACGAGGCGCGCAGUCUAAAGCUUGAAAUCGAAGCUCGCCUAGGCCAUGUCUCGAAAUGUGUGAACCUCGGCACCAAGAUGUUGAAGACGCUCAGAGAGCAGAAGCAGGACCCUGACACUGAGGUCCUGAAGAUUAUGGCGAUGAUGGGUACAUCGACAGCGAAGCAGACGAAGCGUCAUCUGAGCAAAAUCAUCGAGGAGUUCGAUCAAGCUAUCGAAGUCUACACAGGUCCAGGCAGAGAUCCAAAGGCAAGUGACCUGGACUGGGAGUUGACCAACAUCUACCUGGACCUGCUGGAUAGGACUGGCAAGUACGAGUACGCUCUGCGGCGCCUCAAAGAUCUGUCGAGAUGGAAGCAAGGAAGACGGAACGAAACGUAUUGGGACGAACAGAAGGACGAUCGCGAGUUUGACAUUGAAGAUACCCCAAGACGCGUGGAGGUCUUUGACUUCAAGCGCAAGUCGAACUCAGCAAAAUAUGGAGAAACACUUCCACUGGAGAUCAGAGUCAAGAUGGGUCUGUUUAGGCUGCGCAAGAGCGCCGACGACUACUCUGAAGCCAUGCACCACCUCGAGAUGCUCGAGCCGGACGACAAGAGUCCAGACGCCCUCAUGUGGGACUAUCUGGAUCUGUUCCGGGUCAUUGCCGAUGCGCUACACUCUACUGGCCACGAUACUGAGGCUUUACGCUUCUAUGAACCACUGCUUGAGAGCAACUCUAGUGAGAUGAGCCUCAUGAGUUAUCUCGGACUCUACACCGUCUACACGAAUCUAGGCCAACGCGAGAAGGCUCAACAAAUUAUACCGAUCCUCGUCGGAUGGAUCGCGGACACUGUCGACGACCUUGCCGUGCUAGCAAAGUUCUUCGAGGUGCAAGGCAUGCCACAAGAGGCAAUGGAACGUGCAGACGCUUGUUACAGAAACCGUGGCCUUGUCAAGUUGCGCAGAAUCGGGUUCUCAAGAUUACGCGAGAUCAGAAGUCAUUACGAAGACUGGCGGAGAAGGUCUCGCGGCAAUCAUGGCAAGAAGAAGAAUGCAGUGAAGAAGCAGAGGAAGCUGAUGAAGAAGGCCAUUGCAGCGCUUGACGACGAGGAUGAGGACAAUGAAGACGUCGACAACGAGCGGCCGUCACUUGGACCGCUUAAAGAGCGUCCUGCGAAGGGUCUCUUCCGGACGAGGAGAAUUGCACCUAAGCCUCCCAAAACACAGACCUUUCUUCCGUUCGAUGCACAGGCUCAGCAGGGUCCGACAUCGACAAGACCUCGUACGCCUGAGCAAAGGACCCUGGAAGGCACGGGUGUACCUAUGGACGCCAUAGAUCAUCGUCUAUUCCGCAAGAAGCUCCAAAAGCUGGCUGAAGACAACGCUGAUGAUAUCACGGCUGCUCGAGCUCAACAUCGUGAAAUAGUGGCAAGCUUCCAGAAACUGGACGAUGUCUACGAAGCCGCUGAGGGCGGCGAUGAACACGCAACCAACACUGUCUUCUCCAUCACCCGUGAGCUAAUCGAGGAGUUCUCGACCUUCGAUCUCUUCUACGCAGACAAGAAAGAAGACUUCAAAGGCUAUUUCCGCCGCAUCGGCGCCGGCGAAAUCUGGAUGGAGUCCGCACUGAUGGUCCUAGCCGUCGUUGCCAACAACGUCGAAGACGGCGCAACCAACCCCGAGCUGCGCGAGAAACCCGACUCAGCACCACAAGACUUCUGGGGCGUCCACUUCAACCGCUGGUGCGACGCGUUCGGGCGCUACGCCCUCCUGCUCGCGCGCCACGGAGACGAUGCCCGCUGCUUUAGCACGCUCGACAUUGCGCUCCAAUCCAACAUCUUCUCGCGCUCGCUCUCGUACCACCGCAGCCUUGAACUCUGUCGGCUCGCCUGCGCGCUCGCCGUCGACAGUUCCGUGCAAGCCUCCACAGCCAUCCGCUGGUUCCUCAAAGAAUACCCCUUCGGCUCCGACCUGUUUCGCUUGUACUCGUGCGUCAACCGCCUCGUUUCCUUCCCCGAGGGCUACUCGACUGGCCCCGCGCAUAAAGUGCUGAUGCGCUACAUUAAGACUAUGGACUACGCGCUUCUUUCCCCGGAGCAGCGGAGCUGGUACAAUUUCCGGUCGAACGAGCGCAUCGGGUGGGGCCAGAACGGUGUGAAUGCGAGCACUGUUGAUGCAGUGAAAGAUCACGAUCCCGCGUUGUUCGCUUUAUACGCUCACGUUUUGAUAUGUGGAGGGAGCUACAUGGCGGCGCUGAAUUACUACUUCCGUGCCUUUGCGCUUACGCCGCAAGACCCCAUCCUCAAUCUCUCCAUCGGCACGGCGUACAUCCAGCAUGCGAUGAAACGAUUAAGUGAGAACAGACAGUUUCAGAUCCAGCAAGGUCUCUCUUUCAUGUACAGAUACUACGACCUGCGCACCAAGACUGGCGUGGCUACACUUUGUCAAGAAGCGGAGUUCAAUGUUGGACGCAUCUGGCAUGGACUGGGGCUUGUUACGCUUGCGCUGCCGAGUUACGAACGGUGUGUACAGCUGGGUGAGAGAGUCAGGCAAGAGGCGGAGGAGAGGAUGGAAGAGGGAAUAGAAGAUGGCGAGUGGAGACAUGAGGAUUUCGCAACCGAGGCGGCAUUUGCUAUCCAAAGCAUUUAUGCUGUGAGUGGGAACUUUGAGGCUGCUAGGAAGGUCACGCAGGACGCACUCGUUAUCGAGUAG